AAAAAGACUACACUUUUGGGUCCCUCUGAGGCUGCUUUGUGGUUCAGAUGUGCGCUGUUAUCCUGCCUGUUCACUGUUCGGCCAUGUAAAAGUCCUUGUAGCCCCAAGUGGCAGUGUUCCUAAGCAACCAGUAAAAUAAGGGCUUAACUGAGGAUUUAUAAACACUUGAACCAGUGCGAUUUAUGAGGAGAAUUAAAUCAUCCGGAAAACCAGCGGAUAGACCUGCCUCUUUUCAAACUUUCCUCUCACUCCUCAGGAGCAGGACACUACCAAGAGAAGAGACAGACCUUUAUGUGCAGAGGACAGACAGAGUGAGGUGAGGUGCGUUUGUGAAGAGGAUUCAGCCGCUGGAGAAACUCACCGCCAUCCUGAUGGAGGUCGACUCGGUGUCUGAAAUCACCGCCGCCCUUCUUCUUCUUCUGCUGCUGCUCUUCACUGUCUGGAGUCGAUCACACCGCUCACAUAUACCUGGUCCUUUCUUCCUGGCAGGGCUCGGUCCUCUCCUCUCCUACAGCAGAUUCAUCUGGACUGGGAUAGGAACAGCAAGCAACUACUACAACAAAAAGUAUGGCAGCAUGGUCCGAGUCUGGAUUAAUGGCGAGGAGACCCUCAUUCUGAGCAGGUCCUCAGCAGUGUAUCAUGUUCUGAAGAGCGCCCACUACACGGCCAGGUUUGGGAGCAAGAAAGGGCUGGAGUGUGUCGGGAUGGAGGGGAGGGGGAUCAUCUUCAACAGCGAUGUCCCGCUCUGGAGUAAAGUGAGGGCUUAUUUUUCUAAAGCUCUGACAGGCCCCGGCCUCCAGAGGACGGUGAGGGUCUGUGUGAGCUCCACAGCCAAACACCUGGACCGCCUGCAGGAGAUGAGCGACCCCUCCCAACACGUGGACGCCCUCAAUCUGCUGAGAGCCGUUGUGGUGGAAAUCUCCAACAGGCUGUUCCUCAGGGUGCCGCUCAACGAAAAGGACUUGCUGCAGAAAAUCCAAAACUACUUUGAAACCUGGCAAACAGUUCUUAUAAAGCCUGAUAUCUUCUUCAAGAUUGGAUGGCUGUACAACAAGCACAAGACAGCAGCCCAGGAGCUGCAAGAUGUGAUGGAGAGCCUUCUUGAAGAGAAAAGGAAGAUGAUAAAUGAGUCUGAGAAGUUGGAUGAUGAUCGUGACUUUGCAACAGAGCUGAUCUUUGCUCAGAACAUCGGAGAGCUUUCAGCGGAUAACGUCCGGCAGUGCGUGCUGGAGAUGGUGAUUGCUGCACCGGACACUCUUUCCAUCAGCCUCUUCUUCAUGCUGAUGCUUCUGAAACAAAACCCAGACGUGGAGCUGAGGAUAGUGGAGGAGAUGAACACUGUUAUAAGUCAAAAAGAUGAAAACAUUGAUUAUCAUAGCUUGAAAGUGCUGGAUAGUUUCAUUAAUGAGUCUUUGAGGUUUCACCCGGUGGUUGACUUCACGAUGAGAAAAGCUCUGGAAGAUGACAGCAUCGAUGGCAUUCAAAUCCCAAAAGGCACCAACAUCAUUCUCAACAUCGGUCUCAUGCACAAGUCUGAAUUCUUCCCCAAACCAGAGGAGUUCAGCCUGAUGAACUUUGACAAAACAGUUCCCAGUCGCUUCUUCCAACCCUUCGGCUGCGGGCCGCGCUCCUGCGUGGGCAAACACAUCGCCAUGGUGAUGAUGAAGGCCAUCCUGGUGACCUUGUUGUCUCGUUACACCGUGUGUCCUCGCCGCGGCUGCACACUGGACAGUAUCAGGCAGACCAACAACCUGUCGCAGCAGCCGGUGGAGGACGAGCACGGCCUGGCCAUGCGCUUCAUCCCCCGGACAGCAUGAACCCACACAGGAAGCACCGAGACACACGCAGGGGUUAGAUUUGAGGAAAACCACUACAAAGCAUGUAAAGUAUCAAACUGAUACAAAAAUAUUCCUUGGCCAAAAUGUAAUAAGUUGUCUUGAGGUCACAAAAAACAAUAUAAAAGGCAAAAAAAGAAAACUACAUGCGAUGUGUUGCCAACUUGCUUUUGUGUAAUUUGUUUUCACAUUAAUCCUAGUUCAAACCUGUUGAACUAGGAGUAAAUAUGUGUUAGUGUGUUUUGUAUUCAUCUGUGUUUUCUUUGGAAGCUCAGAGACGCUGUUGGUCCGUUUUUAAAAUCUCACCCUUGUUUUGUUUUUCUCUGCCGUUUAAGACUCAAGCACAGGCCGAAAAGAAGGUUUGCAGGGAUUAUCUGUACCGUUUAAAAAAAAACAUUUGAUCUUUCAAACAGGAGAGCAAAACAAAUUGCCAAGAUUUCUUUUUGACAUCAUGGGGAAAUGAAAUCACACCUGGAAAAUAAUCAUGAUUGAUUUAAGUGUUAUUUAGAACAUAGGGUGAGGUGCACUUCCUAUCCUGUGCACCUCUCAUCAGAGUAUUAUUAACAGCUGUAAUAAUGUCUUUUUUUUGCUUCCAGCUAAUAUGUGUGUAUUUAAUGAAUGAAUAACAAUUGAGUCAUAAAGUUUAUUUACAUGUAUUUAUUCAUAAGUUAGCAGAAUGCAGUGACAGGCACAACAUUGAUUUCCUCUGUACCACAGGCACAAAUCAAACACGCCUCCUGGCAUUAGAUCAUAAGGCGUUGGGUUAGAGUUGAGUUUCACACACAUCGUUAACUUCAUGCCGUGCCUGCAGUCAGGACACAGGCCACAAAGAACUUCCCUUCAGGUUGGGUAACAUAAAACAGGCAGAGACAAGUCAAAUCUCUCACAGCACGAUCAAAUGAAGGAGCACUAUGACUUUUUUCUUUCAGAGAAAUUAAUAUAAAAUAUUUUCUGUAAGAAUAUAAAUCCAAUAAAUACGUUUUUAAUACUGCAUUGAUACAAAAAUAUAAUAGUCAAAGACCACUAAAAAUCCACCUUUCAGCGAAACCCACAGAAACAUGAAUGCAUAGAUCACCAUAUCACGCAGAAGGCAGCGUCUGCAAAACAUGAGGGAAAACUGAAACGCUCCUCACAUUAACGCACAAUAUGGACAUCGAAGAGUUAAAUGAUCAUUGCUAUUUUUAAGACAACACACUCUCUUCUUAGAUGUAAUAAAUACGUGUAACGGCUGCAUUCAGUGUCAGCAUAAUGCAGUCCUUAAGACGUAGAGACAAACAGGGAUAAAAAAAUGUAAACAUUUUCCUUGUGUUUAAACUUCAGCCAUAAGGAUGAGCAGGUUGAGUUAGAGUGCUUAAAAUGUUCCUAUCAAUGAUUCCUAACCAGGAAAAAAUAUAUACAUUUCAUUUGGUACUGCUAAAAGAUCCUUCCUGUGCUUCUCCUCAAGACACCUUAUAAAUA